UUAAUCACAUAAGCAUCCUCUUGUAUCUGUACCUGUGCAAAAGCAUUGUUGCUACAGGGUCAAACCCUUAUCUUUUGUGUGUUUCCAUGUAAUUAUUCCUACAAUAUUCCAGCUUUCUAUGUAGAACGUAGGUGAAUCUCUUCUGCGUGUUUGGAGAUUGAGCUAAGCAGGUCGGGGUCAGGGCAGUCUAAUCAGGAAUCACAGCACCUGCGAAAGGUUAACGCACUUGAAAUAGACAAGCACUCCUUUAUUCAAUCCUUUUUUUACACAUGAACUCAACCACCCAGAGGACACAGUUGAAGGAGAGGAGGUGGAGGAAGCAGCCGCCGCUGUCCCAGAGGUGGAGGAGAGUCCAUUGAACAAAGACAUCGCCGUGCAGCCUCUGACCCCCACGAUGCAGGAGCAGGUGGUGGAGCUGAGCAUCGUCCUGCCCGGAAAAUCGUACAGCAACGACCUGGAGAAUCCGACCAGCUCCCAGUACCAAACACUCAGCAGACAGCUCGCUCAAAAGAUUGAGGAUGCUCUGAAGGGGCUUCCUGGAUUUAAGAGUGUGUCUGUGAAGGACUUCAGGCCUCAGAAGGACGACGAAGGGGGCGGUGUGGUGGUGGACUACGCUGUCACAGUGGUGGUGGAUGGAUCAGGAGUGAGCUUGGAACAACUGGACUACCUGACGCUGCAAUCCAACCGGGUGGAGAACUCGUACCGUGAAGUCAUGGAGCUCCCCACUGUGGUGUACGCCAUCAGCGAGGUCAAAGACAUCAUCACUGACGCCCUGCAUAACAACGAGCUGGACACUGUUAAGACCAGCGGAGGCCAAAGCUCGUCUGCUGUGUCUGAGUUCCCUGCCGCUGCAGAUGGAGAUACGAAUACUGCUGCCGAUGAGCCACCAGAGGUCACGAUCCUAGAAGAGGACGUAGAGGACGUAGAGGAUGUCGACAAAGUCGGCGUCCUGCCUGACGUCUCCGAAACCAACAGAGUGGAGAACAACGAAAACGACAUCAUUAUCCUGGAGGAGAGUGCAGCUGUGUCUCCUGAUUCUGUCAAUACAGAUAGUGAACUUGAAGCUGAUAGCAUUGCAGAGGAGGGUCUGUUACUCGGGGACAUUGUGCAGACUCCUGCAGUAGAAACCCCCGCCGCAGAGGAGCUCCCAGCCGAGCUGUCGGAGGUUACACUUCAUGAACCCCCAGUGGAUGAAGAGGCCUCUGGAGUGGGCACAGACGACCUGAAUAACCUGCUCGAGCCACCUACAACCACAGAAGAAGAAGAAGAAGCAGAGUCUCUUGAGGAGACUGACCAAGAAGAUGGGCUGAUAACGGAAGAUGUCGCCAUCAAUUCAGAAAUCCCAGAGGAUAAUGAGAUGUCCUCAAUCGCAGCUGAGACCACAGAGGAAGAAGAAGAAGGCCUGUCUGUCCUGGUCUCACCUCCUGAGACUGAAGAGGAAGCGACUGAAGCACCAGAACCGUUGGCAGAAGAAACAGGUGAAGAAUCUGUGGAACAACCAGAAGAACAACUAGAAGAACAACUAGAAGAGCAACUAGAAGAGCAACCAGAAGAGCAACCAGAAGAACAACCAGAAGAGCAACCAGAAGAACAACCAGAAGAACAACCAGAAGAACAACCAGAAGAACAACCAGAAGAGCAACCAAAAGAACAACUAGAAGAGCAACCAGAAGAACAACUAGAAGAGCAACCUGCAGAACAACCACAAGAACAACUAGAAGAGCAACCAAAAGAACAACCAGAAGAACAACUAGAAGAACAACCUGCAGAACAACGAAAAGAACAACUAGAAGAGCAACCAGAAGAGCAACCAGAAGAACAACUAGAAGAGCAACCAAAAGAACAACCUUCAGAAAAACCAGAAGAACAACCAGAAGAACAACCUGCAGAAGAGGAAGACAAUAAUGUGGUGCUGACCAUUCCUGAGGAACCUGUGGCGGAAGAAGUUGUCGUGGAGGAAGCAACAGAGAACGAGGUAGAAGAGGCUGCACCUGAAGCUCCUCCUGUGGAGGAAGAGGGCCCGGAAGCUCCAGAGCUCUCCACAGAGGAUCUGACAGAGGAUGAGAUCGUACUGGUCAACGUUGAUGAACCAGAACCACUAGUGACGGACUCUCUGAACCCGGUCCAACCCACUGCCCUGUCCCCAGAGAAGGAGUCGCCCUUCACCCGCAUCUCUGAUAUUGACACCGCCCUGGAGGAACAACCUGACAUCAUCGUCCCUUCACUGGUGGAGAUCCAGACCACUGACGGAGGCUUGGAAGGUGCCACUAAUGGAGACAGCGACUAUGAUGUGAUCCAUUAUGGUUAUGAGUUGAUUAACCACACAGAGGAGGGCAGCACUGGCUUUCCGUUUGGUGCACACGGCACGGACCAAGUCAGUAUCGCCAUGCCAGUGAACCCCGGACGAGCACUGAUGGUGUUCUUCAGCCUGAGGGUGACCAACAUGAUCUUCUCAGAGGAUCUCUUUAAUAAGAAAUCCCCAGAAUACAAAGCUUUGGAGCAACGAUUCAUAGAGCUGCUUGUGCCCUACCUGCAGUCCAACCUGAGUAACUUUGAGAACCUGGAGAUCCUGAACUUCAGGAACGGGAGCAUCGUGGUUAACAGCCGGAUGAAAUUCGGAAAACCUGUUCCACAAACCGUUACCACCACCGUCUAUCUGAUCCUGGAGGACUUCUGUAACACAGCCUACCAGACCAUGAACCUGGCCAUCGAUAAGUACUCACUGGACGUAGAGUCAGGGGAUAAAGCCGACCCCUGUAAGUUCCAGGCGUGUAACGAGUACGCUGGGUGUAAGGUGAACAAGUGGUCGGGGGAGGCAGAGUGUGUCUGUAACGCAGGAUACUUCAGCGUGGACAGCCUGCCCUGUCAGAGCAUCUGUGACCUGCAGACUGACUUCUGCCUCAAUGACGGCAAGUGUGACAUCAUCCCCGGCCAGGGAGCAAUCUGCAGGUGUCGUGUCGGGGAGAACUGGUGGUACAGAGGAGAGCACUGUGAGGAGUACGUGUCUGAGCCGCUGGUGGUCGGCAUUGCGAUUGCCUCCGUAGCUGGAUUCCUAUUGGUGGCGUCCGGAGUCAUCUUCUUCCUCGCCAGGACGUUACGGGAUCAGUACGACAAGGAUGAGUCAGAGGACCCCAUACGGCGAGCAGAGAGUGUCCCGUCUCUCGAGAGGGCGACUAAGUACAACCCCAUGUACGAAAGCGAGGCCACCACAGGCUACAACCACUACUACCGCCGCUAUCCUGAAGCUGCGGUGUACAGCAGUGCCAGCGCUGAGGCCUCCACUGACUUCAGCAGUGAGGAGAUACGACACAUCUACGAGAACAGUGAACUGACCAAGGAGGAAAUCCAAGACAGGAUACGCAUCAUUGAGCUCUACGCAAAGGACCGACAGUUUGCAGACUUUGUACGGCAUCAUCAAGCUGUUGUGGACACACGCAGAGAGAGCUCCUCUGUACACACAUGAAACUCUCCUGUGAAUAAGAAACAUGCCUCUAUGCUAGAAAAGCGAAGACUCUCCCCUUUCUUCGUCAUGGCACUCACAAUCUGGACUGGUUAAGACGGACUCAUUCAGCACGCUGCUCUUUAUUUCCUCGACCAACGACCCCUUUCUGUUUCUACGUAUUUCCCCGAAGUGUUGACUGUUCUUCCUCCUUCCUUUGUGCCUUCUCUUGACUGGUCGAGCUGUGUGUGACAUCACGUGUUGCUACUGGAUGUGUCCCUCUGGACUGCAUCCUACUACUUGAAAUGUUCAUCUCAAUACUGUCUUCAGUAGUACUUUUGUUUAGUGGAACAAUCGGUCUGUCAAUUCUUAGAGGGAACAACUUUAAGACUGUGAAUAUGUAAAUAGUGUCUCUGUGAGGUUGUUUGCUAGUUAAGAUGUUAUUCUCUACUUUUUUGUCUCUAUAAAACUUAAAUUACUCUUCAAGUCUUCUCAGAAAGGCCCUGAGAGAACUGCUCUUUUAAGGACAACGGUGCUAUUCUGAUUCAUAAUGUGGUGGUCUAUGAUGACUUUUCUGGUUGUGACUUACAUAAAAGGAUUGAUAAAAAUAUCAUAACAUAGGGAGGCGUGUGGCGCAGUGCAUUGGUGUUCGGAUCAGGGGGUCACAGGUUCAAACCCCACUGCAGUC